AUGCAACCAAGAAUGUCUACAACUGAAUCGAUAUCAUCUGAUAAACCAAUUUCCAUUGGUGAUCAUAUUGAGUAUGUCGGAAAAGAUGAAACAACAGCUCCAACUGCUAUUCAUAAAUCAUGUAGUAUUGCUGGUGAUGGAGGUGAAUUUGUGAUUAUUGGAGAUCACAAAUAUUAUCGUCAUGAAUUAAUGCAAGCAUUUGGUGGUACUUUAAAUCCUGGUCUUUCUCCUUAUCCAAAACAUGAUUUUGGUAACCCUGCUCCAAUAGGUUUAAUUGCAACCAGUAUGAACAUUUUAGUUUUAGGAUUUUAUUUUGCAGGUGUUAAAGGUAUUAAGAUUCCAAAUGUUGCUGUUGGAUUAUUUGUUUUCAUGGGUGGUUUAGUUCAAUUUUUAGCAGGUGUUUGGGGCUUUUUAAUUGGUUCUCAAGUAGGUACUUUUAUUCUUACUGUUUUCACUUCUUAUGGUGCAUUUUGGUUAAGUUUUUCAGCUAUUUUCAUUCCAGCGUUUGGUAUUCAAGAAGCUUAUGCUGAAAAUCCUGCAGAAUUAAAUCAGGCUAUUGGUUUAAUGUCUGUUGGUUGGGCUAUUUUUACAACCAUGUUAUUUAUUUGUACUUUGAAAUCUACUGUAUCAUUUGCUUGGGCUUUAGGUACUUUAGAUUUAACAAUUAUUUUACUUGCUGCUGGAUUUUUACUUGAUAGUGAUAAAGUUAAACAAGCUGGUGGUAUUGUUGGUGUUAUUAAUGCUUUCUCAGGAUGGUUUGAAGCUUUCGCAGGUAUGUCUAAUCCUCAAAACAGUUAUUGGGUACCUAAAGAAAUCCCAAUUCCAGAUUUUUCAAAGAUGUUUAAACGUAAUAAGAAAUAA